AUGCUACCUUCACGCUACGUUAAGAUCUCCCCGGCAUCUAAGGAGUCUGUUUCUGUUCAAGUCUUAGUUCUUGGAGAUAUUGGCCGAAGCCCGCGCAUGCAAUACCACGCUCUAAGUGUUGCUAGACAUGGCGGAAGGGUUGAUCUUAUUGGCUAUCAUGAGUCGACCCCUCAUCCCGAUCUUCUCAGCAAUCCUAGGGUCAAGAUCUAUCCGUUGGCACCUCCGCCAAGUGUGAUCAGGUCCAGCUCGAUUCCUUUUAUCAUCUCAGGGCCUUUGAAAGUGCUAUGGCAAAUUUGGACCCUCGUUCGAGUUCUUGGUUACCAAACACCUCCCGCAAGAUGGAUCAUGGUUCAGAACCCCCCAUCUAUUCCAACUUUAGCUAUUGCCCUUCUCAUUUCUGUCUUGCGCAACACGCAUCUCAUAAUUGAUUGGCACAACUAUGGGUGGACGAUUCUGGCCGGGACCAAGGGACGUAAUCAUCCUUUCGUGGAAAUCUCAAAAGCCUACGAGUGCGCGUUGGCUCAGGCAGCACCUACGGCUAAUAUCACAGUCACUCAUGCGAUGAAGCGGCAAUUGGAGAAGGCACCUUAUUAUGUCAAAGCGCCAAUUCUUGUCCUUCACGACCGGCCAGCCUCCUUAUUUCAGCCCCUAGAGUCCUUGCCAGAUCGCAGGGACUUUCUAGAAAAGUUACCAGAGACUAGGGAAUUCGCUUCAAACAUUAUAGCAGGUCAGACAAGGCUUAUAGUAAGCAGUACAUCUUGGACACCGGAUGAAGAUUUCUCCCUCUUGCUCGAUGCCUUGGUUACGUACGCUAAGGACGAGUCUGCGCAUCCUAUCAUCGCCAUCAUUACAGGGCGCGGGCCCCAAAAAGCAGCUUACGAAGAGAAAAUCCAGAACCUACAGGAAGAGGGGAAACUACCUAAUAUUCGCAUACUAACCGCGUGGCUAACGAUGGAGGAUUAUGCCAAACUCCUGAGUUGUGCUGACCUCGGGAUAUGUCUUCACAUGUCUAGCUCCGGCGUUGACUUACCCAUGAAAGUUGUGGAUAUGUUUGGGUCUGGGCUACCAGUUGCUGCGUACUCUGGAUACGAGAGCUUUAGCGAAUUAGUCAAGGAGGGUAUAAAUGGAUGCGGUUUUGAAACGGCGGGCGAGUUAGCAACAACUUUAACGCGAUUAUUGGGGGAAGAAGGGUCACGCGAACUCCAGACGCUACGUAAAGGAGCCAAGAAGGAGAGUGAUCUACGGUGGGAUGAAGAAUGGGAUCGAGUUCUGGCCCGUGUAUUGGGACUCAUGGACUAA